CAACUUUGUUUAAUAUGAUGAUAUAUCUCCAAAACGACGUAAGAUUAAGAUAUAUUCAAACUAACAAGAAAAUGACAUCUCGUAAGUCUUUGUAUUUUAUGCUGAGACAUGAGGUACCAAGCAAAUUCAAAUCUCUUGGAAACCAAUUUGAGACAAGUUCAGUCUAAAUAAUUGCAUAUGUAAGACACGUUAGGGUGAUCCACUUGAGCUAGACUGGACAACCCAUUUCUGAUAUCUAUUACCAGGAAAAGCAUUUAGACCAAGGUAUAAUGCAGCAUUCAUCAGAAGAGGUGUGACUGUGAGCAGAUCAGCAAAACCAAUUUUUCUCCAGGAGCAAAAAUUUUGCCAGUACAACUUUUCCCUGUUUUGUCCCAAAAAUUUAGGUGGUGUCAUGUGUUCAACUUCGUUUGGAAAAAGUUUGUUCAGCUUUGACUAGUUUCUCAGUGUGCAAAAUAUAACUACUGAAUAUUAAGUUAUCUGAGGGACUGAUGUUGUUAGAAUCAAACCCCAUCCUUCCCAAAGAGAAAUCAUCUGCUAAGUACGGCACACCUGAGAAGGAGUUGGAUCUGUAUAGCUGCAGCCUUCUAGCAGAACGGGGCAAUCAUGGUAUCAGCAUAAUUUCGAUGGAAAAAACCAUUGCCUCAAUUUAUGUACCAUACCUCUUCGAGAUAUUGUUUAUCAAAAGGUUCCCUUCAGCAGAUACAGAGAAUUCAGCAUAUCUCUUCUGCAAAUAUGAUUUCAAAGAUGUUUUCAACUGCAAGACAAAAAAAUAACAAAGAACUUGAGAAAAUUAAUGAUGAGCAAAAGUUUGAAGCUAAGAUACUUGUGUAAAAAAGAAGAAGAAGAAGAAGAAAGUUCAACUCAAUGACAUGAUUGUAAUCUGCAGCUAAAAAGAGACACAAUAGUAUUCAAAUGUAUAUUUGAUUGAAUAUAGAUAACUGAGAUUAAGAUUCACCAUUUGAAGCUUACUGAAAUAUAGAAAUGGUCGUCUCUUCAAUUUAUAUGUUUUCCAAUAUUUUUCCCUCCAAUAAACAUAUAUCUCCACAUUCUUACAAUGCAAGUGUUUCCUCUAAAAACUAAUAGAACUACAUAUCUCAAAUACUCUUGUAAAUGCAACUUCCUGCUGUUUAUUUAUUGCCAUUAUCUGUUUUAUUGUUUAAAAUGUCUUUUUGCACUUUAGAGGUGAUACGUGUAGCUUGCACUUUCUUUACCCAUUAGCGUCUCUGCAGGAUAUAAAAUUCUCUGGUUCAUUACACCAAGAACAAGUUUUCCAGUUUGAUCAGAUUGUAUGGAAAAAUAAUUAAAUUUUUAUUAACUAUUCAUAAAUAAGUAAGUGAUGAAAUGCUGCAAAUAUAGUAGACAAGGACAAAUUUAUCCACUACGCACCUUCCUCUUUGGGUAUAUUGGGCUGAUCAACCAAAAUUUGAUUUAGUGCCACUAAAUCACUGGUACUACA